AUGUUCCACCCCACUCACAAGCAUAACAAUGGUCAACCUAUGUGGUUUACACUUGGCAUCAGGGAAGCUAUCAAAGGCUGGGAUAAAGGUUUGAAGGACAUGUGUGUGGGAGAGAAGCGGAAGUUAACUAUUCCACCAGCCCUUGCUUAUGGAAAAGAAGGGAAAGGAAAAAUUCCACCUGAGAGCACACUGAUUUUCAACAUUGACCUUCUAGAAAUUAGGAAUGGACCAAGGUCUCAUGAGUCAUUCCAGGAGAUGGAUCUUAACGAUGACUGGAAACUGUCCAAGCAAGAGGUGAAAAUUUACUUGAAGAAAGAAUUUGAAAGGCAUGGAGCAAUGGUAAAUGACACCCAGCAUGAUGCUUUGGUUGAAGACAUAUUUGAUAAAGAAGAUGAAGACAGUGAUGGGUUUAUAUCUGCAAGGGAGUUCACAUACAAGCAUGAUGAGUUGUAG